CUCCUCCUGUAGCCAAGGCCGCUGCCAGACCUCGCCAGUUCAGACCCACGGGGCUGCCCUCCCCUGCACUCUCCCCUCGCUUCCCGGGCCUGGAGCGCAGCGCUGCCGCGCAGGUAUUUCUACAGAGCUGUGCAAAGAACUUAACUAGCUGGAGAUUCACGAUGUUGAAAGCCCUUUUCCUAAGUAUGCUGACUCUGGCGCUGGUCAAGUCACAGGACACAGAGGAAACAAUCACAUACACGCAAUGCACAGAUGGAUAUGAGUGGGAUCCUGUAAGACAGCAGUGUAAAGAUAUUGAUGAAUGUGACAUUGUCCCAGAUGCCUGCAAAGGUGGAAUGAAAUGCGUCAACCACUAUGGAGGAUACCUCUGCCUUCCUAAAUCAGCCCAGAUUAUUGUCAAUAAUAAUGAACAACCUCAGCUAGAAACACCAGCAGCUGAAACUGUGGGUGCAGCCGCAAAUGCAGCCGCAACUUCAGGUACAGCUGGGGGUGUAGCAGCCAGUGGUAUGGCAGCCAGUGCAGUGAUGCCUGGGAAUGGUUAUGUUGCCAGUGCAGCUGCAGUUGCAGGCCCAGAAGUGCAGACUGGCCGAAACACCUUUGUCAUCCGGAGGAACCCAGCUGACCCUCAACGUAUUCCCUCCAACCCUUCUCACCGGAUCCAAUGUGCAACAGGCUAUGAGCAGAGUGAGCAUAACAUCUGCCAAGACAUAGAUGAGUGCGCUGCAGGGACGCACAACUGUAGAGGCGACCAAGUGUGCAUCAAUUUACGUGGCUCCUUUGCCUGUCAGUGCCCUCCAGGGUAUCAGAAGCGAGGAGAGCAGUGUGUGGAUAUAGAUGAAUGCGCCAUUCCUCCAUAUUGCCACCAAAGAUGCGUGAACACACCAGGAUCAUUUUAUUGCCAGUGCAAUCCUGGGUUUCAGCUGGCAGCCAACAACUAUACCUGCGUAGACAUAAAUGAAUGUGAUGCCAGCAAUCAAUGUGCUCAGCAAUGCUACAACAUUCUUGGUUCAUUCAUCUGUCAGUGUAAUCAAGGAUAUGAGCUAAGUAGUGACAGGCUCAACUGUGAAGAUAUUGAUGAAUGCAGAACCUCAAGCUACCUGUGUCAAUAUCAAUGUGUCAAUGAACCCGGGAAAUUCUCCUGUAUGUGCCCCCAGGGAUACCAAGUGGUGAGAAGUAGAACAUGUCAGGAUAUAAAUGAGUGUGAGACCACAAAUGAAUGUCGGGAAGACGAAAUGUGUUGGAAUUAUCAUGGCGGCUUCCGUUGUUACCCACGAAAUCCUUGUCAAGAUCCCUACAUUCUAACACCAGAGAACCGAUGUGUUUGCCCAGUCUCAAAUGCAGUAUGCCGAGAACUUCCCCAGUCCAUAGUCUACAAAUAUAUGAGCAUCCGAUCUGAUAGGUCUGUGCCAUCAGACAUCUUCCAGAUACAGGCCACAACUAUUUAUACCAACACUAUCAAUACUUUUCAGAUUAAAUCUGGAAAUGAAAAUGGAGAGUUCUACCUAAGACAAACAAGUCCUGUAAGUGCAAUGCUUGUGCUGGUGAAGUCGCUAUCAGGACCAAGAGAAUAUAUCGUGGACCUGGAGAUGGUGACAGUCAACAGUAUAGGAACCUUCCGCACAAGCUCAGUGUUAAGGUUGACAAUAAUAGUGGGGCCAUUUUCAUUUUAGUCUUUUAAAAGAGUCCACUAGAGGCAUUUAAAUCAGCCAAAGAAUAUUGUUACUUUAAAGCACUAUUUUAUUUAUAGACAUAUCUAGUACAUCUACAUCUAUAUGCUGUACACUCACCAAUAAGUCAAACAAUUACACCAUGAUAUAAAAUGGGCAUUUAAUUUGUAAAGAUUCAGUUUGUCUUUAUUACUGUAUGUAAAUUAGACAUUAAUCCACUAAACUGGUCUUCUGCAAGAGAGCUAAGCAUACUCUAUCUGGUAAAACUUGGAUUCUUUUCUAUAAAAGUGGAACCAAGCAAUGAUUAUCUUCUGUGGUGCUUAGGGAAACUUACUAUAGCUCCACUGACAGUCUCAUAAGGAGGCAGCCAUCGUAACACUGAAUAGCAAGUUCAAGAAUGAGUUUUUUAAACUGCUUUGUAAGAACAUGGAAAAAGUCAAUAAAGAUAUAUUUCUUUAGAAAAUGAGGAUCUACUACAUUUGUGUUUAUUUUCAUGACCAGUCUUAACGUGGUUGUUUAUUACAUAGUAACAAAUCAUUAUUGUAGGAUAUUUAAAUUUUGUCAGAUACUUUUGAUUAUGAAUGUAAAAAAAUAGUAAGAAAAAUUUCCAAAAUAAAUAAGGUGUCCUCUAGGAAAUUAUCAUCUUGAGAAUUUUACAAGGAGGAGAUAAGAAAACAAAUUCUUUCUAAACCACAUUAAAGGUGACAUGAAGAAGCAAACACAGUAUCUUAGUUUGAGCUGCUAAAACAAAUUAUAGACUGGGUGGCUUAUAAACAACAGAAAUUUAUUUCUCACAGUUUGGAGGCUGGCAAUUCAAGAUCAGGGUGCAGCAUGGUUAGGUUCUUGUGGAAUCCCUCUUCUUGAUUGCAGACUCAUAGCUUAUCAUGGUAGAAAGAAAGGGAGAACUCUCUGGGUUCGUUUAACAAGAAGGCUAAUCCCAUUAAUGAGGCUUUUACCUUCAUGGCCUAAUAACCUCCCAAACACCCCACCUCCUAAUACCAUCACAUUGGUAGUUAGGAUUUCAACAUAUGAAUUUUCAGAGGACAUGAACAUUCAUUCCAUGACAUCUAGUAAAUAUAACAACAUUCCUGAAUUCAGGAGUUCUGCAAGAUAUGGAAUAAAAUGAAGAAAAGGUAUUUACCCAAGAAGUUUUAAUUUCUGAAUAAAAUUAAAACCCUAAAACUUUACUAACUCACAACUAAAAUUUUUCAUCUUUAUCUUUGAUGCCUACAGAGGAAGAAAAUGGUGAUGGUUUUUAUUCUUGGCAUCCAGAAUGACAGUAAACUAAAGCAAAUUACCCUUCCUCCCAAUUCUGUGAAAACGUUUUAUGUCUUGUUUGUUUAAAAUGUAACUGUUUCACUUUGAUGUAUCAUAGUUUGAAAUAAAAACAAAUAUUCUUUUAAA